AGAACCAUUUGACCCUAAAUGUUUUCUUGUUGAAUUGCAGGAAGCUCUUCGUGGGCGGUCUUGACUGGAGCACCACCCAAGAGACUCUUCGCAGCUACUUCUCCCAGUAUGGAGAAGUUGUGGACUGUGUGAUCAUGAAAGAUAAGACAACCAACCAGUCUCGAGGCUUCGGGUUUGUCAAGUUUAAGGACCCGAACUGUGUGGGCACAGUGCUGGCCAGCAGACCACACACACUGGAUGGUCGAAAUAUCGACCCAAAGCCAUGUACACCUCGGGGAAUGCAGCCAGAGAGGACGCGGCCAAAAGAAGGCUGGCAGAAAGGACCCAGGAACGAUAACAGUAAAUCAAAUAAGAUAUUUGUUGGUGGAAUUCCUCACAAUUGUGGUGAGACAGAGCUCAGGGAAUACUUCAAGAAAUUUGGAGUGGUCACAGAAGUGGUCAUGAUCUACGACGCAGAAAAGCAGAGGCCUCGAGGUUUUGGAUUUAUUACUUUCGAGGACGAACAAUCAGUGGACCAGGCUGUCAACAUGCAUUUUCACGACAUCAUGGGCAAAAAAGUGGAGGUUAAACGGGCUGAGCCUCGCGACAGUAAAAGUCAAGUGCCUGGACAGCCAGGGGCCAGCCAGUGGGGGAGCCGCGUCAUGCCCAGUGCUGCCAAUGGCUGGGCAGGCCAGCCCCCUCCUACGUGGCAGCAAGGAUAUGGCCCACAAGGAAUGUGGGUGCCAGCAGGACAGGCAAUUGGUGGCUACGGACCGCCCCCUGCGGGAAGAGGAGCUCCCCCCCCACCCCCGCCAUUCACCUCUUACAUUGUGUCUACUCCUCCUGGAGGGUUCCCUCCUCCACAGGGCUUCCCACAGGGCUACGGCGCCCCCCCACAAUUCAGUUUUGGCUAUGGGCCUCCACCUCCACCGCCAGAUCAGUUUGCGCCACCAGGGGUCCCCCCUCCACCUGCCACUCCUGGGGCAGCACCUCUGGCCUUCCCGCCGCCUCCCUCUCAGGCUGCCCCGGAUAUGAGCAAGCCCCCAACGGCACAGCCAGACUUCCCCUACAGUCAGUAUGGGCUGUGGUCACUGAGUACAUGGGUUCUCGACCCUGCCUGGAACAGGACGUGUUGGCGACAGACAUGUUAUGGACAGGACUUGGCCGGCUUUGGGCAGGGUUUCUCAGACCCCAGCCAGCAGCCCCCCUCCUAUGGGGGCCCCUCAGUGCCAGGCUCCGGGGGCCCCCCUGCUGGUGGAAGUGGCUUCGGACGAGGUCAGAACCACAAUGUUCAAGGAUUCCACCCCUACCGACGCUAGCUAGCUGGUGCCACGCAGGCGGCUAGAUGGCUGAGACCCAGGAUUCGAAACUUGUGAACUCGUGACAAUCACAAACUUGGCAGAAAAACCGCGAUUCAACCUUGGGGGGAGGGGCAGACGUGAGGCUUUUGGAGGCGGCUGUGGGUGUCUGAACUGAAGUUUUUAAAUAUAUUUCUUUCUCUAACCCAUCAGCACAAUAAAAAAAAAGUCACUGGUUCAACAACA